AUGCCUUUAAAAAAUAAAUAUGGGACAUUAAAUAUAGGAAUACAAUGUAAUUAUAAUGAAAUAGAAAAUUCAGAUAUAAGUGAUUUAAAUCCUGAUUUUAUAGUUAGUAAAUUAUUUAAAGAGAAUAAAAUAAAUAAUAAACUUAUUAACACUGACUUGUUUUUAUCAGAAAAUUGUUUAAAUGAGUAUAAAGUUACUCCUCUAUUUGGAAAUAAAUUUGAAGAUAAAGGAAUAUGGAACAAAAAUAUAUAUGGAUUAAUAUCAGAUUGGAUUGACACAGAUAAUAUAAAUGUAGAAUAUAAUAAUUAUUGUAUUGAUGCAUUAAAUAAAGAACUGCAAUGGUCUAGUUAUAUAAGUAUUCAAAAUUUAAUCAUUAAUAUGCCACGUAAAAUAUGUGAUAAUUAUGCAAGAUGUAUCAAUUCAUAUAUUCAUAAUUACAACGGGGUUUCAAUAAUAGUAAAAAUACCUUUAGUUAAAAAGAAUUAUGAUAAUAGGAAUAAUAAUUGUUAUGAAAUUUCAGAUGGGUGGAAUCUAUGGGCAAAAUUUAUCUCAUACUGCAAUUUUAACUUUUCUAAUUUGAGUGUAGGAAUAGAAUUAGUUAAUUUAAAUGAUAUUGAAAUAAAUAAUAUAAAUUUAGAUAUAUGGAAAUCAGAGCCUGUAAAAUUGAUAAUUGUUCCUCUAGAUGCAUUUGUCAGUGACUCAAAAAAUGGAUAUCCAUAUUUACCAAAAAAAUUAAAAGAUUUUUUAAUAUUUUUUUUUAGAAAAAAUAUAGAUAUUUUAUUAAUUGAUAAAAAUAAUAGAGAUUUUGAUAGUAUAGAAAAAAAAGAAGAAUGUAUUAAUGGAAAAUUUAAUUCAAAUUUCACAUUUCUGAAAUGUUGUAUUUAUUACUUAAAAAGGUUGUUUUUAUCUAUUGAGAAUUUUGAUAGGGAAGAUUUAUUUGAUAAUGCUUAUUGGGAUUAUUUACAAAUACCAUUACAACCUUUAAAGGACAAUUUGCCAUCACAAACUUAUGAAAUAUUUGAAAGAGAUAAAAUAAAAUACGAACAAUAUCAAAUAGCCAUUUGCAAAUAUUUAUCAGAUGAAUUAAAAAAAAAAAAUAAUAAUAAAAAGUUCAUAAUUUUUGUGGUAGGAGCAGGCAGAGGGCCUCUUGUAGAUUCAGCUCUAUUAGCUCUUGAAAAAAAUAAAAUAACUAAUUUUCAAAUUUAUGCAAUAGAAAAAAAUGAAAGUGCUUUUUUAGUGUUAGAAAAUCGUUCUUUAAGUGAUAAAUGGAAAAAUGUUAGUAUAAUUCAUAGUGAUAUGAGAUAUUUAGAUAUAAACGAAAAAGCUGAUUUAAUUAUUAGUGAAUUAUUAGGAUCAUUUGGUGAUAAUGAAUUAUUUCCUGAAUGCUUAGAUGGAGUACAAAAGUUUUUAAAAGAUGGUGGAGUAAGUAUACCAAAAAAUUGUUUAUCAUAUGUUGAACCUAUUUCUUGCUCUCAUUUAUAUCAUAAAUUAACUCAAAAUAAUUUUGCUGGAAGUAAUGAAAUCUUUUAUGUUGUAAAUUUAUAUUCAUAUUGUAAUAUUUCUGAGGAAAGGCCAAAAGAAUGUUUCUAUUUUGAAAUACCCAAUCUUGAUAUUAAAAAAGACAAUACUCAUAAUAAUCGAUACAAAAAUAUUAAUUUUAAAAUAAAAACAGAUUCAUAUUUGCAUGGAUUUUUAUGCUAUUUUAAAAGUCAAUUAUAUGAUGAUAUUUAUAUAUCAAUUGAACCAGGUUCUCAUACUUCAAAUUUACAUAGUUGGUAUCCACUUUUUAUACCCAUGAAUAAAAUUAUAUAUUUAAAAAAAGACCAAAAAUUAUCUUUUAGUAUUUGGAGAUUAACUGACAAUCAUAAAAUAUGGUAUGAAUGGUGUAUUAAUGAGCCUAUUACUACAAAUAUUCAUAAUUUAAAUGCUCGUUAUUUUUCUAUAGGAAGAUAA